CCACACGCAAAAGGGAAAAAAGAAAGCAUAUAGCAAAUUAUAAAAGUGAAAAAAGUUAGCGUGGAGAUGAGAUGAGGAAGAAAGAGGGGGUUGUGCACAGUGUGCAUUGGUGAUCGUAAAAUUGAUAAGUUCGUUUAUGGCCGGAAGGCCCUUUCACAUCAUCGCUUCCAGCUACCACAAUCGCCUCCUCAUCUCCCAUUCUCCGACGUCGUUUCCCUCCCUUCUCCACCGUUGUCUGCCGCCUUCUCCUUCACUGCAACGGAAUCCCCCGCAUCUGCCUUUGCCGCCGCAAUCCCUCCGCCCGCUGGUGUCCUUGUCGGAGACCCUGGCGCAGAAGAUUGGAAAAGCUAUUCGCCGACCCGGCGCCCCCUCCAAGGCCCGGGUUUAUACCGACAUCAAUUUGAUUCGCCCUAAAGACUAUUGGGAUUACGAGUCCUUGGCUGUUCAAUGGGGGGAGCAGGAUGAUUACGAGGUAGUUAAGAAGGUUGGAAGGGGAAAGUACAGCGAGGUUUUUGAGGGAAUUCACUCUACAAAUAACGACAAAUGCAUUAUCAAAAUACUUAAACCUGUUAAGAAGAAAAAGAUUAAGAGGGAGAUUAAAAUACUUCAGAAUCUAUGUGGCGGACCAAAUAUUGUGAAGUUGGUUGAUAUUGUCAGAGAUCAGCAGUCAAAGACUCCAAGCCUUGUUUUUGAAUAUGUGAAUAACACAGAUUUUAAAGUGCUUUACCCAACUCUUAGUGACUUUGACAUACGAUAUUACACUUAUGAACUUCUCAAGGCAUUAGAUUAUUGUCAUUCUCAAGGUAUCAUGCACCGUGAUGUGAAGCCUCACAAUAUCCUUAUUGAUCAUGAGAAGAGGAAACUUUGGCUAAUAGACUGGGGACUCGCAGAAUUUUAUCACCCUGGGAAAGACUAUAAUGUCCGUGUGGCCUCUAGGUAUUUUAAAGGCCCUGAACUUCUUGUUGAUCUACAAGACUACGAUUACUCGUUGGAUUUGUGGAGCCUAGGUUGCAUGCUUGCUGGAAUGAUAUUCCGGAAAGAGCCAUUCUUUUAUGGACAUGACAAUUACGAUCAACUCGUCAAGAUUGCUAAGGUAUUAGGAACGGAUGAAUUAAAUGCUUAUCUAAAUAAGUAUCGUUUAGAAUUAGAUCCAAACCUUGCAGCCCUUGUUGGAAGGCAUAGCAGGAAACCAUGGUCGAAGUUCAUUAACGCUGAAAAUCAACAUUUAGCUGUCCCCGAGGCAAUUGAUUUCGUGGACAAGUUGCUCCGUUAUGAUCAUCAGGAACGGCCAACUGCGAAAGAAGCGAUGGCUCAUCCAUACUUGUACCCUGUGAGAAACGCUGAAAGCAGCAGAGUUCGCAACCAGUAGGGGAGGGUACCCUCCCGCUGCCCAUUUCCAAUAACUCGGUGGUGCGUUUGUUCUCCUAUACUUGCUGGAAUACUGUGAAAUAUGGAAGUAUUUUCAUAAUUCCAGUCAUCUUUUCUUUUUGCUUUUUUUCUUUUCUAUUUUAUGCUCGAUUUAAUUCUCCAUUGGAAAGUAAGAUUUCCUGUUGCCCUGUUGGUCAUGAAUGGCAGAAACACACUGAAUUUUUCUUAUGCGAUUUCUGUGAUUCAAUCACGUGAUUAUGUAUGUAGUUGCCCCCAACAGAAUUAUCGUCCUUUCUAUCUCGUCAGUACAAUUAUCAUUGGAUACUUUCAGUACAAGUGAUUCUUUUGUGUUUAA